CACGUUUGUAAGGUAGUCCCGUCAAAAUGGCCGCGAAAUCUGGCUUGGCCGCUGGCAUCAACAAGGGUCACACGCUCAACGUGCGUCAGCCCAAGGCACUGAAGUCUUCUUACUCUGCUAAGAAGCACCUCGCCCGUGAGGUCGCUCGUGAGGUCUGCGGAUUUGCUCCCUAUGAGCGUCAUAUGAUGGAGUUGAUCAAGAUCGGCUCUGCUGCUAGCUUCAAGCGUGCUCUCAAGUACGGCAAGAAGCGUUUGGGUACUCACAAGAGGGCUAAGGCGAAGCGUGAGGAGCUCCAGGCUGACAUCAUGGCCCAGCGUAAGAAGGCUCAUGCCGCCCACGCCCAUCACUAAGUGGAGACUACACUCUACUAAACUGAAGGCUACUACUACGACGACGAUGACCAUCUCUCUGGUUGGCAGCUCUUGGCUUGCCAAAUGCUGUUUCCAGGUCUCGACGGGAACCAUUCC